UUCUGUAUGAGACUCAAUACCCCGUUCUGUAAUUUCGCUCCUGCGAAGUUCGACUUCCACGUUCUACCGAUCUCUGCGCCUCUGCCUCUGGACGGUAGCCGUCGUUGGCGGCUGUAUCUGCAUCUCUGCCACUCGUUGUUGCGUCCUUUUUAUGUCUCCAGAUUCUCGCCGUCGAACGUAUCAGAUCUCAACCUGACUUCGGUGCCCUGCGCCCCCGCCUCUCCCAGUUAGCCAUCUACUUCGUUCUUCGUGAGUUUGUGUGCUUUUGGGCUUUGGCUUUAGGUUCGUCUUCUCUCCAGACUCCAAUUUUAAAUUCACUUUAUGAUUUUUGUUGAAUAUUGAAUGUGUUUGUGUUUUAAAUUGAGUACUGACUAAUCCUAAGUGCUUGUGUGUUCGUGAGAAGAUUAGUUAAAUGCGCUCUGUAUAUGAUUUCAAUUUUCAACAGUAAAUAUUUAGCUGCUGGACUGGACCAUUGGGUCGUAGAGUGGACUAUUUCUGUGCUGCUAUCUCCGUGCUAGUCUCCCAGUGAAUUACGUGGAGUCUUGCGUUAAAAAGUGUAGCUUCCCUGCUUGUUCAGUAUCCUCUCUCAAGUUAGAACUUGACUUCACUCAUCAAACAGUUACUUGGAAGCAAAACGUUUGAAAACAAUUCCCCUUUUGAAAUUUGUGGUACACUAUGGCAAGCACACGUUCCUGCAAAAGUUGUAGGAAAACUUCUCUUGUUAGGGAUGAUGUGUCUGGGGAUUUGAUAUGUUCCUUGUGUGGUGUUGUUCAAGAAUAUGAUCAGUUUGAAGCCCAUAUCGGUGGCAUCAAUGGCCCACAAGGAACAUUCGUCCGUGUUGGAACUUCUGGUGCAGGUACUAUAUAUAGUUACAAAGAAAGGAAAUUCUUUCAAGCCCAAAGUUUGAUAGAUGAAUUAACUUCUAGAUUAGGUAUAUCUUCAAAAAUGAGUGAUAUUAAAGCGAUGAUUUCUACCAUCACAGAGGGUGAAUUUGGGCAAGGUGAUUGGUUUCAGGUUUUAAUUGGUGCAUGUGUGUAUAUAGUGAUGCGAAAGGAUAAUCGCCCAAUGUCUAUGGCUGAAGUGGCAUGGGCAGCAGGAUGUGAUGGUUACGAAUUGGGUAGGAUGAUUAAACGAGUUAUUGAUUUUAUGGAUUUGAAAAAAUCAGAUUUUCCAGAGUUUGAUAUCGUGCAUUCAUUGGAAAGGGUCCUUAAGAUUUCACCAUCUUUUGCUAGAAUUGACAGAAGCAAAGUAGACAGAAUGCGCAAGCAGGGGAUAUUUUUGUUACAGUGUGCAAUGAAGUGGUUUUUGAGUACCGGACGUAAGCCACUUCCAUUGGUAGUUGCUGUUUUGGUUCUGGUCGCUGAAUUGAAUCAAGUUGAAAUUGGAAUUAGCGAGUUGGCCAAGGAAGUUCAUGCUGUUGUUUCCACUUGUAAAACACGAUACAAAGAGCUUUUAGAGAAACUUGUAGAAGUGGCACAAGUUUUGCCUUGGGGAAGAGAUAUCACCACUAGAAACAUUGUCAAACAUGCACCAUCUGUAAUUAAGUAUUUGGAGACAAAGGCUAUGUUGAAACCUGUUGAUAAAAGGAAAGACCUAGAUCGUCCUGAGGCUAAUUUGGCAGAGAUGGUUAGUGAAUGUUUAAGAAAACUCGAUGAAAUGGACACAAGACUGAUUCCAUAA